AUGCCGAAGGAGACAUUCGAGACCCUCCUGGCCACAGGAUCAAAGGCGUACACCACCAACAACCAUGCCGUCGCCAUCAAAGCCUUUCAGGAGGCCUUCCAGAUCGCACAGACACCCAAACGACGAAUGCAGGCUCUCGACAUGCACAUUGCGCCGAUGACGAAGCUGAAGGAUCUGGAUAGAGCGAUGACUAUUGCCAAAGACAUGAUCCGACUCAAUAGGACCUCCCCGCAAGGCUACCUGCGUGCUGGCCAGAUCGACCGCCUUCGCAAGCAGCCAGAAGCAGCAGCCAAAUGGUAUCGCCAAGGACUCAAACAUGUGUCCAGCCACGACAGCGAAUAUCGUCAAUUGGAAGCAGGCUUGACCAAGUCUAAUGACCUCGAGAUCAGCUUGAGAGUGAGAUCGUGUCCACGCGAUCCAUUCACCACAUUUCCUGUCGAGGUGGCAGAAAUCAUACUGCAAUAUCUCACCUACAGAGACAUGUCAGGCGCACUCCGGGUGUCAAAGGGCUGGAACAACUUUCUCUGCAAGUCAAAGCUCAUGACGACCACCCUGGAUUUCUCCGGUGGUGAACAAGGACGCAGGACCGAGGUCACCCUUGUUGCCCUGAAGGCCGCCCUGCGGAGGUUGACUCAGUAUCCAAAAAUCGCGAGGAUGAACCACUUGAGCAUCACAGCGACGGCCGACUUGAACAAUCGACUCCCGCACUGGUUUCGGCGAGACACACUCGAGACGUUCACCCUCGAUUCAACGAUACCGGACAGCACUCUUUCCAUUCUGUUAACGAGCACCGCACUGCAGGAGCUCAAGAUCCUCUCUGACAACGGACUUGCACUGGGGCUUGUCCUGACUCAUUGCAGGGCUCUCAAGCGAUUGACCCUCAUUACCAGUCCAAAGGCCGCCCGGAAUGCUAGUUGGAUCAAUGGACUAUACAUCGAUCAUCCCGAGCUGCAAAGUCUGCACUACCACAACCGUGAUCCGGAAACAUUCUUCUCCAUUGGUCGCAUCACGUCGCCGAACCUCAAACAUCUCAGCUUACGCAGAGUCGGUUCCAGCGACCUGAAGCUCGACCAACUCCUGAAUCUUCGGUCUGUCGCAUUUGACGACUGUGCUAUAAGUGGCCAUAUCACGUUGCCAGUCAGCCUUCAACACCUGCUGUUUGGAGCGGCCAAAUACAUAAUACGAACGCUCACAACCAAGCUACCAAACCUCGUGUCGCUCGCCAUGUACGACAACGCAAGAGGUCAUGCCCCAACCGAGAUGUUCCUCGAUCCCAAGCCCUUCCUCGAGAGUGUUGACAUUUCCUCCGACUUGGUCAAUGAUCAUUCAGCGAUUCGAUUGGCUGCACUGCCGCGCUUGCGGAAAGUUGCUAUUUCAGAUAACUCGAAAAUUACCGGAGUAUUCGUCAAAACCCUGCUGGAGCAAACACAAGGCCAGAUCGAGCGGAUAGAACUACAGAGAUGCACGAACGUUGGCACCGACACCGCGGAAUGGGCUCGCCAGAUGCAUAAAGGCACUGUGGUCAAU